AGAGAAAUUCAAUCUUUAGUGAGGGAUGAGUGGGAGAAGAUAGUUUUAGCUUGCUAGGGUUACUAGGGCAACUUCAUCUCUUAAUUCAGCACUAUUGAGGUCUGGCCAGGUGCUGGCUAAGGGAGAGCACUCCAUUUGCCAGACUGACCUCAGGAUCAGCUUGCUGCAAAGGUGAUGUAAAGCCAUUUUUUUUCAUUGCUGUUAGGUCCUGCAUCAAGCACAGCUUAGUCCAGUUCAGGGAUUAUGCCAGUGUAUCAAGAUAUCACCCAGAGGUAGCUCACCAACAGUCUCUGCCGUCCAAUCCAUCAUGUCACUAAAUCUCAUGGAUUACGAUGGUCGGGUAAUCCAGAUCUGCUCAGUCAAAAAUGCUGAGCACAGCUAUCAGGCAGAUUUGAUGCAGAGGGUGCCUUUCCCACUUACAAGUGAUAAAAGCAGAGUAGAGCCUGGAGUGAGGUAGCCACUACAGCCAUAUUUCUUCUGACAGCAUCCCCCCCACCCAGAUGCGCACAAGGAACAGAAGUUUAUGCAGACCUUCCUUAUAAGUGUAACAUUUAAAAAGAUUAAUUAUGUAGGAUGCCACUGCUCUGUUUGUAAUUAAUGGCUGUGUCAUGUACUUCAGCAGGAUUCAUAAAGUUAGGAUUAAAAGCAUGAAUAAUUGUACUUGUACAAUAUUCUUUUUAUAAAUUAAUAAAACCCCAUUCUAACAGUUACUUUUUCUUCUGAGUUCAUGAGGAAAGCUUUGUCAAAUGCCAUGGGGGGAAAAAAAAAAGACUGAGAAAACAUUGUUAACACCUGAGCCAUCACUGUUUUAUUUUAUGUAUCAUAUCUAACUAAUACAGCCCUGACUUAGCUGAUAUGUAAACUGGUAAGAGGGAGGGAUCAGCUGUAUGGGCAUUGGAAGUCAAUGGAAAGGCACAAAGGUGUGUGAGAGGCUUGUGGACUGGCGAGACUAGGGGACAGACAAGUCAGAGGAGACAUGGCACAAGGGAAAAAGCUAGGAGAUGUAGAAAUGCUGUGGCCCUUUUGGAGGAUGGACUGAGAUCUUUAAUAUUCUCCAGUGUUUGAGCUUUCUAAAGGCCCAACAGUAUUUCUGCAGUAGUACAGCAUGGUUGUGUGCUAAUAUUUGCAUUUUCACUGUGCAGAAAGUGCCAGUCAGAUGUGGGACUGUUUGCAUCACCAAUGUACUGGAAGAUGCUAUUCCUACUGUAAAGCAUUUAUCAAUCCAGUUUGUUCAACACUGAAAAAACUAAUGGUAGCAUUUGCAAAAGCAUUCAGGUGACUCGUGAGCUCUGGUUCAAUUCACUGCUUAGAUUAAGAGACGUGCCACAUGAAGAUUUUUUUAACAAAGUCUCAAAUGAACUGGGAGAGGUAGCUUGGUGUACAGGUUUCCCUGGAAGAGACAGCAAUAAGCCUGAAGGUACUUACUGGAGAAGAGAAAGCUGGUGUAGAGAUUAUUAAUGUAGCAUUACUGGAGAGAGAGUGGAGUGGAGAGACAGCUCAGAGAAAGUGGAAAUAAGUGUUUGGGACAUUAGUUGAUCUUGCAGUGAUAACUGAUGGCAAAGAUGUUUAUGGUUACCUGGCAUUCCACUUUUCCAUAAGAAUCUUUAGGUGUUCAUUACUUUUAAAAAAAACCCAAACAAACUAAAAAAAAACCCAAACAAACAAAAAACAACAACAAAAACCCCCAACAAAAUCAAUCAACUGAAAUAAAACACCAAUAAACACACAUUAAAAAAUCAAAACCAAGGGUCAAGUCCUCAGCUUCUCUAGGAGUUGAUCUGUUAGUCAAGUGAGCUGCUCCUGACAACAGAGGAUAUUCCCUACUAUAGGAGAACGUGUCCUGCAUUUCUUCUCAAAUAGUUAAGAAACAUGUUCUCCAUUACUGCACAGAUGAUUCAUCUCAGGGAGUACUGUGUUUUUGGCAGUGAACUUAAAAUAUCACACUUUCAUACCACAAAGAAAUUAUUUCUUGAAAAGAAUUCAAGUACAAAACUCCCAACCAUGCCCUUCACUUUACUAUAAAUCAAAAAAGCUGUUUAUCCAGCUCAUUCAGAAAUAAUGGUGAAGUACUUAGCCAGAGUCUGUUGGCACGUGUUAGCUGGUAGUAUUUAAUAGCACUAUCUCUCUCGAGAAAACAUGUAAUACUGAAGUUUGUAAAAUAGCAUUUUUCUAAGACCUGAAGUAAUGUUACUGGGAUGAAAGAAAAUGCCACUUUUUAAUGUAAGGCUGGUUGUAGAAUAAUUUUUAUUUUUUUUUUUGCCACUUAACGUGUACACAUUGCUAACCCAGAAAUGCUUAUGCAGUCAUUUUAAACAAGUUCAAAUGAUCACACAGGUUAUAAAUAUUGAUGUUGAACAUGCUUGGCUUCACAGACCAUCCUGUGUAAUCUAUGCAGAAGUUUUGGGGAACACGGGUUGAGAAGCAAAUUGCAACUCAACAGUCCUACUCUCCAAAAAGGCGAAGAACCUCUUGGAAUUGUAGGCACUGCACGGGGAGUUGGGCAUGACAAGGAAGGUUUCCACCUCUCAGGGCACUCUCCAAAUAGUUUUGUGUCCCAUGGUAUGUUUACAAAGCCUAAAAUUUGGAUUUACCUGAAACAGUUUUCAUCUGGCAACUUCAAUGAGCUUUAGAAACGGAAACCCCUGUUUUCAGCUCUUGCAAACUGGUUUUGCUCCUUAGAAGUCAAAGGUAUUAUGCUGAUCUACACCAGCCACUGAUCUGCCUUUGGGAUUUGAUUGCAAACUGGCUCAGAGUUUCUGGUGAGAUAGUAGCAGGUAUGGACGGAAAUGAAUAUGCAAGGCGAUUUCAUGUAUUAAACUUGUAAUCUUUCCAGAACUGAGCAUUGACAUAGUAUGUUGCAUUUGCAGUAUCUCCAGGAUCACAGUACUAUUCAACAUAGGAGCUGAUUUUUCAAAGUGCUAUUCAUCUUUUUGCAGGUGUAUUUACAUGACAAAUUAGGCUGCAUAUGUUGCAGAAUCAGGCAAUUCUAAUAUUAGUGGGAAAGGCAACCUAUGUAGCAGCAGCUUGUCUCCCAUUUUGUGGGUGCUAUAUAAUUCAGUCUUCACACACAUGGUUUAUGAUACGCGUAUAUGGUUUUCGGAUACCUUGUUUCAUGCAAUAUACUAACUAAAUGAGCAGUUAUCAAAUUAUUUUUUCAUCUGUCAGUGUGUUUCCAUUGUGCCUUAGGCACUGCAUGCCAUACAAAUCCACACCAAAGUAAAGAAUUAUUUCUUGAUGGUCAUUUCUAUAAUGCUUCAUAGGUCUCACCCUCUAGAAGAAUUUGUAUCUAUCAACUGUUGCCAUAGGCUAGCUAGCUAGCAAAAACAACCAAGUUAGGUGCUUAGGACUGGUUAAAAAAAAUAAAUUGCUCUGGCUUCCUAUCUUCUCAAUGAAAACCCCAUGCAGUUAGAUACUUCAGUAGGAUCUAAAAGCCUAGAAGAUACUAAUCUUUUAUUCAAAUCAAUCUAUUUUUAGAAUAUUUCUAUAGUUAAGAACAUGUUGCUAUACCUCUUUUACAGACAGGGAAGCAAGGAGAAGCCCUUACAGUCAGAAGUGCCAGCUAGCAUCAGAGCAUUUUAACUCUCAUAUCAGCACUUCUUCAGAUCAGUCCUUCCCAAACUUAAUGUGCAGAGGUUCCUUAUUUUCUAAGCAUCAGGCUGGUUACUGCAAUAUGUUCCUUAUUUUCUAACAGUCACCACUUCACAUAAUUUGCCUGAUCUCACAGGAAUUCUUUGGCAGAGGCCAGAUUAUGCUCCAGUUCUCAGGUACAGGCAUUUACUGAGCCCUGGAUAUAAUCACCCUUUCUUCUCCCUGUUCCUUCUCAGAACCUGUGCACAGUGUGAGGAAAGGGUUUGGGGAAAAAAAAAAAAAAGAUUAAGUGAUCAUGUAACUGGGGACUGUACAUAAAAUUGAAAAUGGCACAGAAAACCUUCAUUCUGAUACUUCAAUUUUUGAGCACUUGACUUGGCAGUCUUGCCGUUCUUUUAAUACAGUUUUUGGGAGUGCAAACAUUUAAAGCUAAUGUAUAUGUAAGUGCUUGUGAAAGGUGAAUUCUCCCAUCCUGCUGCACUCAUAUUUCUUCUUUCAGUGGGUCAUUAGGAGGUCCAGCUCUUUAGAUCCAUUGCACAUCAUCUACCACUUGACUUAAGAGUAGACUUGUCAGCAGAAAACAGCAGCCGGCCAGAUUGACAAAGGGUUAGAGGGGAGGGGAGCAAGGAGCUGAGGGGGAGUGGAAUUUAGUGCAUUUCACAUAUAUUAACUAUUUGCAUAGAUAAUCUUAGACUUAUAAGUAGCAGAUGCAAAUUCUCCAGAGAAGUGUGUUUUAAGGUUCACCUCCUGAAACUCUUGCCUCUCUUCUGCGUAACCCUCUUCUUGCCCUUUACACCCUCCCCACUUGCUUUUCCAGUCUCCUAUGCCUCAACAGACUUCAUCCUCAAACUACCUCCUCCUCCUCAGUUGCUUCAUCUGCAACGACGAUGAUGGUCUGUUAGCAUUUUCCUCCCCUGGUUUUGCCCUUUCUCCCCUAUGCAUCUCUCAUCCUCCUUUUCCCUCUCUCUUCUUCUUUGGCUGCCUCUGUGCCCCGCUGUCCUCCACCUUUUAGGUCUUGAUUUUAAUGUUUUUGUACUCAAGACUCACCCUUUCCUCAGCCAUCUUGGCUCAUCAGAUAAUACAACUUCUCCUUUUAUUGUGCUUCUUUCUAUCUGUGGUUGCUUCUUUCUCCUCCUCCCUGCUGCCCGCAGGCAGCCUCCCAGCUCCUGGCCAUAGCUGCUGUCAGCAGCACAGAGCAGAGAUUGCAGGUUCUGUCCUGCUCAGAUACUGUACCAACAGUGAUUAGUCCAAAGCUAACUGCACACAUAAUCUGCAGCAAGGAGCACUGGGAGGCAGCUAAGAGACAGUGACAAUGUCUUUAAACUGGCGGACAAUUCCCACUCGACUUGGAGUUUUAAAAGUGAACUGCAAAGGACUGGCAUGCCUCUUGGUCUUCAUGGUGAGCAUUUGCGGCAGUGCCCCAGGAAUGUGUCCAACAGCCUGCAUCUGUGCCAGUGAUAUCGUAAGCUGCACUAAUAAGAACCUCUCUCGAGUGCCAGGAAAUCUUUAUAAAUGUAUGAAAAGGCUGGAUCUGAGUUAUAACAGAAUUGGGGCUUUGGAGCCUGAAUGGGUCCCACUGCUGCUGGAGAAACUGAACACUUUAAUAGUCAGUCAUAAUAGCAUUAUCAGCAUUGUCUCUGGAAGCUUUUCCACAAUCCCGAAUCUGAAGUACCUAGACUUGUCAUCCAACAACCUGAAGACACUGACCAGCCCCGUGUUUCAGGAGCUAAGGGCACUGGAGGUUCUCCUGCUGUAUAACAAUCAGAUAGCACAGAUAGAGUCUUCAGCCUUCGGAGGAUUGUACAAAUUACAGAAACUGUACUUAAGCUAUAACUCGCUCUUGCAUUUCCCGCUGGACUUGUACACUGGAAAAUUUAAACUGACAGACCUUGCGUUGCUGGACAUUUCCUUUAAUCACAUCCAGUCAAUGCCUGUUCAGCGCCUGAGUUCAGUGCCAGCCAAACAUCUUAGUGGAAUUUAUCUUCAUGGCAACCCAUUUUAUUGUGACUGUAUGCUGUACUCCAUGCUAAUCUUCUGGUAUCAAAGGCACUUCAGCUCAGUGAUGGACUUCAAAGGCGAGUACUCCUGUGUGUUGCAGUCAGACCCAAGAGGUUACAAUAAACUGCCUUUACUGCAGGACAACUUUCUGAAUUGCUCCGAAAGCACCGUCAACAGCUCGUUCCAAGCCUUUGGGUUUAUCCACAAUGCCCAGGUUGGUGACAGGCUGAUUGUACACUGUGACAGCAGAAUCAGCGAUGCAGGCACGCACUUUGUUUGGGUUAGUCCGGACAAUAGAUUGCUAGAGCCAGACAGGGAGACCAACAACUUUAAGGUGUUCCAUAAUGGCAGCCUGGAGAUAACAGAUGCCCAGCUAGAGGACUCGGGGCUGUAUUCCUGCAUUGCAAUAAAUAAGAAAAGACUAUUAAAUGAAACCAUAGAGGUUAGAAUAAAUGUUAGCAAUUUCACAGUGAACAGGUCCCAUGCUCAUGAAGCAUUUAAUACAGCUUUUACCACCCUUGCUGCCUGUGUAGCCAGUAUCGUUUUAGUACUGCUGUAUCUCUAUCUGACCCCCUGCCCAUGUCAAUGUAAGGCAAAAAGGAGGAAGAGAAAGCUGAACCAAAGCUGUGCGCACUCAUCCAUACUGAAUUCCACACUGCCGCACGAGCUGCCAGCCGACGAGAAGAAGGCUAGCACUGGUAAACGGGUGGUUUUCCUGGAACCUGUGCACGAACCAAAACACAGUCAGAACGGGAAAGUAAAACUGUUUCCUAACGACAACAUCAUCGCCGAGAGUAUCUUAAAAACUACUCGACCAAAAUCUGACUCCGAUUCUGUCAACUCCGUGUUCUCAGAUACACCCUUCAUGCCGUCAACUUAGUCUACUGCCUGUGUUUGUACCAUGCAGUUACAUUUCCGAAUACCUCCUUUGCUUGUAGCAACCAUCAGGAAAAAAAAAAAACAAAC